AUGAUAUACGCAAGGGGACUUGAUACCUAUGCAAUAUUCCUUACAGAGUGUCAGCAUGCUGUCAACAACGUAGCCAGCGCUAGAGCCUUAGAGUAUCCAGAGAACAUGAAACUUAUUAUAAAGAAACUUCCUUUCUAUUUACAAGAAAAGUGGCGAAAUGUUGUGUACGAGCUCAAAGACAGAAGAGAAGUUGUGAAGUUUGAGAACUUAGUGAAGUUUGUUCGUAAGGAAGCUAAAAAGGCCAACGACCCUAUUUAUGGAAGAGAAGUGAUGAGUAUCUCAACGUCUUCAACCCACGGACAGAAUGUUAAACCAGCCACGUACUCAAAACAGAAAGGGAACUUUGCAACUAAGACCGUGGAAUCUCAUCUAUCUACAAACAAUUAUGCAUAUGAACAACAUAGACCAAAAUCAUCUGGAUUUGUGAAACCAUGUGCUUAUUGUCAAGGCACAUCACAUUCAUUGGAAGAGUGCCGGAACAUUAUGAAGCUACCCCUAAAGGACAGAUAUGAAGUGUUCAAGUCUAAGGGACUGUGUUUCUCGUGUUUGAGAUCAGGACAUCUUAAGGGAGCCUGUCAACACAAGUUAUACUGCGUUCACUGUAAGAAGUGUCACCCAUCUAUACUUCACGUGAAUCCUCGACAAGGCAAGGAAAACCCAGUAACUACCGAUCAAAACAACAACAGCUCAUCUGCAGCCGUUUCUUCAACAGCGCAUAUGGGGGCUGGGGACUCAGUGAGGCAAGCGCUUCCUGUCAUACCAGUACGUCUGAAAUCGAGAAACAGUGACAAAUUUAUUACAACUUAUGCUUUCUUGGAUUCUGGGAGUACAGCGACAUUUUGUACAGAGGAAAUCGCAAGAUCACUUCACCUUGAAGGCAAAAAGACUGUGCUUAACUUAACAACCAUGGGACAGCAGAGGACAGAGAACUGUAGCAUUCUAUCUGGUCUUGAAGUGAGUGAUUUAAAUGGUGAUCACACAAUUGACUUACCUCCUAUAUACACUCAACCGGAUCUGCCCAUAUCUAAGAAAGACAUUGUUACAUCCGAGGACCUACAUAGAUGGCCGCAUCUGCGUGAUGUACAUAUUGACACCAUAGAUAGCGAUGUUGGUUUGUUGAUUGGUGUCAACGUACCAAAAGCAAUGGAGCCAUGGAAUGUGAUUACUAGUGUACACAAAGGUCCAUUCGCUGUUAAGACUCUGUUAGGAUGGGUAAUCAAUGGACCGCUAGAUACAAGACCCGAGAAUGGUACUUACAGUACAUACGUCACAGCCAACCGCAUCGACGCAAGAUUAGAGGAGCAAGUGAGAUACCAAUUCAAUCAUGACUUUAGUGAAAGAGCUAUCGAUGAUGUUCCAGAGCCGUCAAGGGAAGACAGGAGAUUUCUCGACUUUGUGACAAAUUCAGUUCGCUUUGAAAAUGGACAUUAUGUCAUUGGUCUACCAUUCAAAUCAGAAAAUGUGAUAAUGCCAAACAACAGAAAACAAGCAGAACAGAGACUGAAUUCCUUGGCUAAGAAACUUUGUAGUGACAGUGAAUUCCAUCAGUAA